UGCGAGAAAAGGAGAGGAGGGGGAGAAGAAAGAGGAAUUAAAAAAGAAAAGGAAGAAAGAGACAGGGAGGGAGGAGGGAGAGCGGGCGAUAAAAAAAGAAAGAUGACAUCCUCGCAGCUGAGCGGCCGAGGUGGAGCGAUGGGCUGCGGCCCGGCGAGAGCGCCGCUCGCCGGGGUCAGGGCUUGAAUCCAGCAACGAGGCUUCGACAAAACACCCGAGUGGCCUAUUGGGAGAAAUCGGAGCGAGAAAAAAAAUAGAUUUAUAAAUUAAAAACAAAGCAUGAGCUGCCGUGCCGCCAGAUACGUGUGUUUAUAACCCAUAUUGGUUCUUUGGCGUAAAAAUGCAUUUAUUUCACGUAGACUGGUUUUACGUUUUUAUGGCGAAAGUGUGAGACUGUAAAUGCGGUUUGUUUUUUUUAAAGUGUUUUUUUAAAAGCAGUUUGGUUGUGCGGUAUUGCGUUUUUUUCCAGGAAGCUCCGUGUUCACCGAACUUAAAGUUAGAAAGCAAAGUGAAGAGAGAAACGGGCCAUUAUUGGACGCCGGCCUGCCGCCCGGGCGCCGCAGCCUGCGUUAGUCAUCAGCUGCGUGCAUUUUAAUCGACUCCGCUCCCGGCCAACCAACCCCAAUGACAAAGAAACGACUUUGUUUUAUUCACGUUUUUCCACAAACCAAUCCAGCGGCCCGUCGUUUCUGCAGCGGAACAGGCCGCCCUGUUCGCGCCUCGAUCCCCGGUGGGCCGAUCCAAACCAUGCAAAGGCUUCCCUCCCCGAUCCCAAUCAGGAGCUGACUAAUCUCCACCGCCGCGGCGCAAAAUGGACGCUUCUUGGAGCAAUUUUCUCUUCCAGAAUACUCCCACCCAAAACCAAGUGGACGGGGGCCUCCAAUCAGAGCUCAUGCCCGUGCAUACGAGUUCUCCCCAAACCCCACCCACAGAGCACACAGCACAGCCUCCCUCCACCGUGGACACUGCUGCCCUCAGCGAGGAUCCCCUGCCCGUGAAGCCAGUGUCCCGGCCGGCCCGCGCGGCCCACAUCUGUGCCAUCUGCAACAAGCAGUUCAAGAACAACUAUAACCUGCGGCGGCACCAGUCGGUCCACACUGGGGUACGCAUGAAGGACAGGGCCAGAGAGCGGGCGGAGGGGGCGAAGGAGGGAGCGGCCGGCCAGGUGGCGGCGGCGGCGGCCCCGCCGGUGAUGGCGGUGGGGGCUGGAGGGAGGCUGGAGAGGCCCGCUGUUCCCCUCUCCCUGCUGCACCUCUCCGCGCCUCCCCCUCUCGCCCCUCCUGUCGUGCUGGCGGGGGCCCAGCAGCCUCACCUGGGUAGUCAGGAUGGUGAAGGGGUUGCCAUGGCUAACGUAAUGGCUAGUGUUAACCCCCAUGCUCCGCCUCCUGCUGCUGUCGUCAUGGCCACAGGGGCGACAGUACAGCGGCCCGCCAACCCCAACCCCAACCCGGUGAGGAAGAACCACGCCUGCGAGACGUGCGGGAAGGCCUUCCGCGACGUCUACCACCUCAACCGCCACCGCCUGUCCCACUCGGACGAGAAGCCCUUCUCGUGUCCCAUCUGCCAGCAGCGCUUCAAGAGGAAGGACCGCAUGAGCCACCACGUGCGCUCCCACCAGGGGGGGGUGGAGAAGCCCUACGUCUGCCCCCACUGUGGCAAGGCUUUCUCCAGGCCUGACCAUCUAAACAGUCACGUCAGACAGGUACACUCCUCGGAGCGACCCUUCAAAUGCCCGACAUGCGAGUCCAGCUUCGCCACGAAGGACCGUUUGCGCGCGCACAUGAUUCGCCACGAGGAGAAGGUCCCGUGCCACAUCUGUGGCAAGCUCCUGUCCGCUGCUUACAUCACGGAUCACAUGAGGGUGCACAACCAGUCGCAGCACCAUGCCUGCCAUCUCUGCAACCGCAGCUUCACCACGCUGACGUACCUCCGCGUCCACGCCCAGAAGCACCACGGGCAGGAGUGGAAGGACAGUCCGGGGGGCUUCGGCACCACCUCGGGCGGCAUACUCGUCUGCCACCUGUGCGGCGUCCACUGCAAGACACCCACCCAGCUCCAGGGGCACAUGGGCACCCACAGCAACAGCCAGGGUGCCCCGAGCCCCAUCACCUCUAAUGUGGCCGCCAGCAGCUCCGUCUCCCUCAGCAAUAUGGUGACGGCGCCCGCCGUGUACGUCACUGGCAACGCGGUGGUGGACCUGCUGGUCACGGACUGCUCGAGCAUCGCAGCUCCACAAUCCCACAGUUAGCAGUAGAGAGCUUGGCAAUAAAUAAAUUAAAAAAACCUCAGUCCCUUAAGCAGAGGGCGAGGUUAGAGAACGGUUGCGAGUAGACGCUGAUCCGGUUUCAGUUUUGUGACGUCCCCACUUCUAGGUAAGGUUAGGAUUUGAGAAGUGGGGGAGAUGAAACUCCGAUCAGAGGCAGUAUCGCCUCGGAGCUGCAGAGGCGGCGCAUCGGAAGAAAAGGAAGCUGUAUUAAUAGAGCAGCGAAGACUUGGAAGGGGGGGGAGAGACUGUCGUGGCUGCAGCAGGUUCGUUGACACUAGCGACAAACAUGGAUGUGUUGUCCAAAUAUUUCCGAAUGCUUUCGUGCAUUCAAGACUCCAGUGAAACUGUGGUAUUGUGGGCAUCUACUGUAUUACUCUCCCCUCUCUCUCGGUCCCUCCCCUCGACCCUUGACCCUGGCAUCGGCUGCUCUCUGCAAGUGCACCAAGUACUGUAUAUCUCACACCAGCUCUGAUCUUACCUCCAUUUUUGCAGCUCAAUUUCUAAGAAUCCAAAUGGCUUGCAUAAAGAAGUAGUAGGGAGAGAAUAGCUCUCGGGGAAAACUGUCAAGAAGAAACUCGUAGAAGGGAGUUGUGUGUUUUUUGGGUGUGUGUCUGUGCGCGUGAGUCAGGGCUCAGCCAGCAUGUUAGCUUGUUUUUUCACAAAACUAAAAUCCUUUGAUUUAGCUGUAAUGGCGGGUUAUUGGGUCUCUGGGAGGGCUGAUUAUUGAUCAGGACUGAAGGCCAUACGUGCUGUGGUCCGUGUGGGGAAAGUGGGAUGUACUCAGUUGGUUUUCUAAAGGAACAGAGAUAAGAAUGCAGUUAUGUUCAGGAGUGUCAAGCACCUUAAGUCGUUAUUGUUUGAUUCAGCAAGGAUCAAAAUGGGUUUGAGAUUUCAUGAGUCUUCGAGUCUUCCUCGCUUGGUCUGGCCAUUUUUAAAAAAAGAAGAAGAAGAAGAAGAAAAAAAACAUGACAGCUAAUCAACACUUUGGCUUCUAACAUGGCGAUUCUUGCCCUCGAAAACUACCUUUUGCAUGAAAUUAAGCUCAGUCAUGCGUAUCGUUGGGUAACUGUCGUGACACAAGAAACCUUUCACAGUUCCACCAAGUUAUUUGGCUGUAAACAAUAAUAUUUAUGAGAAGUGUUGCUUUUAUUCUGAAUAUUUUAACAUUGUCGGCCAUUCAUUUUGAUUGUAAUUGUCACCGCCAUAGUCUUUUUGUUUCCUCUAUGUACCAGUCCAAUGAGUAAAAACAUAUGCAUUAGAUUCAGUCAUUUGACGCUGUAUAGCACAUAAUGCUCUAAACGCGAUUCGUCAUCAAUCUACAUGAAUCAUACGAAGAACGGUCACCUGUCCGGUGGAGAUCUUUUGGUUGCUUUGAGUUCUAUUGUGAGUGGUGUGGUGUUGAGAGGGCUUGUAAAGUACAAUGAGUUUGACACCACGCGGUAUGCUGUAAACAAAUCCUGGUUUUGUACUGGAGUGCUUCUUCCGUUUUGUGUUAAUGUUAGCUUAAAAUUUGUAGUUGUUUCUUUCUUUUUUUUUUCUCCUUUGGAAAUGUGUUCUUCCUGUUGAGAAAAAUUUGUGAUUUAUUAAAAACAUUAAUUUUAGGUUUUCUCCAUCACACUAAGAAAAGAAUAUUACCUCUAUUCUAGGAUUCUGUACAGCUCUUGUGAUACAUCUUAAUGCCUUAUCGUACUCAACUGCAUUUUAAUUCUUUUAUGAUGAAAUAUUUCAAAUCUUAGUCAUGGAUUCAUUAAGAAUAUUAAUGGGAUGUAUUUAUAUUUAUAUUUUUAUAUUUCUCAACAGUAUGCAUGUCUAAAAGGUUGUUAGAGCAAAAAAAAAUUGAUGCUUAAUACAGUCAUAAAUGUUAUUUUGUAGAGGCAGUAGAGAUCAUGUUAUUAUUUUGUAAUUUGGACAAUUUAAAGUAAAACGAGUAUAUGGACUUUG